UCAGAUCAAAUCCUGAAAGGACACCUUGGAAGGAGGUCUAUGUUUCUUUUACUUUGUUAAAACACAGUUUCCUCAGGGUUUUUUUCCUUCUUUUUUUUGCAAAUUAAAACAUUGAUGUGGACAUGGACUGGAGUGAAGGAGUUAAGAGUUUUCUGGGCUAAGUGUCAGUUCUUAUUUUGAUAUGAUGUAGUUUUUUUUGUUUAAUUGAAGGUGCACAUUAGACACCUUUAAAUGUUUUUGCAACUUAUAUUUUGAAUGUGUCAUCGUUCAUAUUGGGAAUACUUGCCGAUUGUGCUGACUAGUGGAAAUGAGGACCAUGGCUCGAUCUCAAAAUAGCAUUCAAAGAGGAGCUUUUUUCUUGUUUCUCCUCUUGCUCUGCUCUUUUCGAGGAGAAUGUGAGCUUCAGGAAUCAAAACCUUCAGAGCCGAACAGCCUUCCCACUGUCAAACCUUUCCACAAUGAAAUCAAUGAACCUCAGGCCUUCCCUGACACGGAGAGGACUAACCUCCCUGUGUUUACGAUGGACUACCCUCGGAUUCAGGUUCCCUUUGAGUUUACUUUGUGGGUACUGCUGGCCUCCUUUGCCAAAAUCGGGUUCCACAUUUACCACAAAAUCACCAUAUGGAUCCCAGAGUCCUGCCUCCUGAUUGCCAUCGGGCUCAUCGUGGGUGCUAUCAUGCAUUCAGUCUCAGAGGAGCCCCCUGCUGUACUCAGCUCCAACGUCUUCUUCCUCUACAUGCUCCCACCCAUCGUCCUUGACAAUGGCUACUUCAUGCCCACAAGGCCAUUUUUUGAGAACGUUGGCACGGUACUGUGGUACGCUGUGGUGGGAACGCUGUGGAACAGUAUUGGCAUUGGGCUUUCACUGUUCGCCAUCUGCCAGUUUGAGGUGUUUGGAAUUCAAGAUAUCAACCUGCAGGAGAACUUGCUGUUUGCCUCUAUCAUCUCAGCUGUGGACCCAGUGGCUGCUCUGAAUGUGUUUGAGGAUAUUGGAAUAAAUGAGCAGAUAUACAUCGUCAUAUUCGGAGAGGGACUCUUCAACGAUGCCGUCACUGUGGUUCUUUACAGCAUGUUUGCCUUUUUGGCAGACCUGCCUGCCGUUGAAUCCGUUGACGUGUUCCUGGGAGUUGCCAGAUUCUUCGUGGUGGGUGUCGGUGGUGUGAUCUUUGGCCUCCUGUUCGGAUUUGUGGCUGCGUUCACCACACGUUUUACCCACAAUGUCCGCCAGGUCGAGCCCCUCUUUGUCUUCAUGUACAGCUACCUGGCGUACCUGGUGGCUGAGCUGUUUGCCAUCUCCAGUGUGAUGGCCAUCAUCACAUGUGCCAUUACCAUGAAGUACUAUGUCGAGGAGAACGUAUCGCAGAGAUCCUGCACCACCAUCCGCCAUGUUGUGAAGAUGCUGGCCACUGUCUCAGAAACCCUCAUUUUCUUCUUCCUGGGUGUGGUUACUAUAACGACUGAUCAUGAGUGGAACUGGGCCUACAUCCUGUUUACGCUGCUCUUUACCUUCAUCUGGAGAGGGCUCGGCAUUUUGGUGCUGACCCAGAUCGUCAACCCAUUCCGCACCAUCCAGUUCUCUUUCAAGGACCAGUUUGGACUCGCCUACGGUGGCCUGCGAGGGGCAAUCUGCUUCGCCCUGGCCUUCACCUUGCCAGAUGACAUCAACAGAAGGAACUUGUUUGUCACAGCCUCGAUCGCCGUUAUUAUAUUUACCGUUUUCCUACAGGGCAUCAGCAUCCGUCCAAUAGUGGAGUAUUUAAACAUCAGGAGGACCAACAAAGACCUGCUCAAUAUCAAUGUGGAGAUUCACACCAGGACAAUGGAGCAUGUUGUUUCUGGUAUUGAGGACCUGUGUGGACAGUGGAGUCACUAUUACUGGAAAGACAAGUUUAAGAAGUUCAACGAUCGCGUUUUGAGGCGUAUCCUGCUCCGAGAUAACAGGGCUGAGUCCAGCAUCGUGUCGCUGUAUAAGAAACUGGAGCUGCAGAAUGCCAUUGAUAUACUGGACACACCUGUGGGGGACCUCAGUGCAGCGCCAUCUAUCAUCUCUCUGCACGAUGAGAUGAAGGAGGCGUCUCGGCCGAAGAAGAAGUUCCUGGCUGCUGAUGUGGGGAAAAUGCACGACAUCUUGUCGAAGAACAUGUACAAGAUUCGACAGAAGACGUUGGCAUACACCAACAAGUACAAUCUGCCUAACGAGAGCCAAAACAGGGAGAUUUUGAUCCGCCGCCAUGCCAGUAUCAGACGUAGCCUACGACCUGAAAGUUUCCGCGAGAUGCCUUCACAAAACAUCAACCGGUCUCUGAGGUACUAUUCCCUCCAACCUGGUUCAGAUCUGGAGUCUGCCUUUCCCCUUAGAAGACGAAGUCAUGGUGGCAGUGAGGUGGAUCGUAUCUCAGCUCGUUUCCAGGCCUCAGGAGUGUCGCCUCGCUCCUCUUCACGCUCCCUCCUUCAUAUGAGGAGGUUGAACACUAUCAAGGAGAGUCGAGGUACAGGACAGCAGCCAGCAGCUUCUGUCCAGCCACGAGCUCCAUCACCUGAAGCUCACAUUUCAGACGAAAGGGAUCCCGGAGGUUCCAGCGUCAGGGGCAGGACAGCACCUGCUCCUGCACCCAGGAGACGCAGUUCAAAUCGCACGGAAGGAGACGAAGGCACAGUUGACCCUCAGCAUCCAGGAGCAGGGGUGGGAUCAGUGCGUCCUCCACAGCUGCCAUCACCUCGUGGCUGGGUACCUGAGAACCAGGAUCCAGGAGAGACUGAAACAGGAAAUCCUUUACUUAGACAACCAUCGCAAAAUGGAUCUCGAGGCUCAGGGAGAUCAUGACAAUCGGAAAAGGAUGGAGGAAAAACAGGAAAAAACAGUCACACAUGGAACACACUGACGUCAAAUGAGCGAUGAACAAACUUCAAAGCAUAGGCAUGGGCAUGCAGUAUGAUGUUUACAAGUUGAAAGGUAGUGUUUUAAACACGGUGGCGUGAUUUUUAAAUGUGACUUUUUCGAAUAGUGUCAAUUUCACAUCCACAUUAUCCUCAUUGUCUUCUUUUGAAGUGGCACAGUUUUCUCUUCUCCAUAGCCAAUAACAUAGUAGAAUCAAUAAGAGAUUAUUUUAACAGCCAAUUAAGCCCACAUCACCAGGGAGGACUCCAAAUAUGCAUACUAUGAAAGCAUGAUUAUGUUUAUUAAAGAUAGAUAUCCAAAGGGCUGCACUAAUUUUCCACUUCUGAUUUAAACAAAAAAAAAAGUGUAUUUUUAUGGCUAUUUUUGGUCAUUUUUAUUCACCACCAAUAUGCGGUCCAAUUAAACAGAUGGCAGCGACACUGCAGCUAAUGUGUCGACUAAAAUUAGCAGUAAAUGGAGCUUAGAGUGUGAAAUUUAGAGACUCUCACGUUUCCUGUAAAAGAGGCGAUGCAGUAAAGAUUUAACUCUGGAAAAUAUCACAUUGAACUAUCAUAAAGCACUGAAAGUAUGUCAAGGUAUGGAUUCCUCUGUGACAAUGUGGCUGUAGGGGGUGAAAAGGAUGGAUGUAACAGUGUUAUCUGUUAGCAUGUGCAGCUACUUAGUGGUGUACUGCCAAUAGAUGAAGAAUAAAACCCAAACACCCACUGCUUCUUUCAAAUGUGUUGCAUUUGGCCUGGAACUAUGGAACAGGCUCCCUUGGUUCUUUCCCUCUUGAAUAUAGAUCAUUUUAUUUAACCUGAUGCUCAUGCACACUGGGUAACAUUACACUGUUGUAAUGUACCAUUUAACCAAUGCAUUUGAAACCAUGCAUUGGACCCGCAGGUGCCAUUAAACUCAGGAGAGAGGAGAACAAGCAAUAAACAAUCUGCCUUCUUCA